UCAGCAAUUUCGCCCACACAACUAAAAACUCCCCCGGAUCAAAUAGUUGAAGUUAAUUCGGAUUCAACGACAAAUUCAUUAAAACAAAAAAGACAACAAAUCAAUACCAAGUUUCAAUUGAAUCUAAGUCAGCAACAAAAUCAUCAAAAAUUCAAUAAUCCUAAUCAUAACAAAUGCUCUACAGAAUCAACCAGUGAAUUUCCAGUAAGUUCACCAUCUAAUCCACAACAACCAAGAGGUGGUGGUAAAUAUCCACCACGUCCUCCCUUGUUGAAAAAUACCCUGCCAGCAGAUUCAUUUGAACGUCAGCUGGCCAUGAUUACGGCAUGCAAUCCGCAAAUGACUUUGGCAGAGAAAAUUCAAUCUUGGGAUUGUGAUGACGAACUAAGUGAUGUGGAUGAUGUUAAUAGAUUCGAUGAAGAGUUUAAACGUUUGGAGAAACAGAAAAAAUUGGAAAUAAAACAAAGAGAGAAGAGUGGACGUCUUAAAAAUACCGAAAUGAAAAUCUAUGAUUUCUAUACUUUCCGCCAAAUGAUACUUAGCAAUAUGAAAGAACAAAAAAAUCAAAAAUAUAAUAGCGGUGGUCAGAUGGGAGCUGGUAGUGGUUUUGGUACUGCUGGUGGUAAAUGUAUAGAAACAUCAGGCAGUGAAUCCAGCAAGAGUGUUAUACAUGUCGACGAUAGACCUUCAACAUCGGCAGUGGCUCAACAACAAUUACAACAAAGACGUUCCAAACCACAAUUGAAUUUAGAAACUGGUGAACCUAAAAAACGCGUGAUAAAAGAAGUUCCCAAAAGAAAUCAAAAUUCAACAACACCACCCCAAACAUCAUCUUCAGACAAUGAUUGUUUUCAAAAUUCCAACAAACCAAGCGGACACAAUAAGCUUACAGCGCGACAAAUCAAACAACACAAUAAGCUAUUAUGUCCCAGUAGUUCUGAGGAAGCCAUUAGCCAGGACGUACCUACACCUGUGCAAUUGAAAUCAAAC